CGCAAAGCCGCCAUUCACUAUGUUAUUUUGACCGAAGCGUCUAGGAGACGUUGAACGGUCAAGCAGACUACAGAGAGCAGGAAGAUAAAGAGAGCCGUUAUACCGUCAUUUCUUUAUUAGUGCUGAGAGAAGAGGCGACGUGUGAUGAGAUGAUAAGCUAAGAGGAUAAAUCUUCCAUCAUGAAUCCUGCUCAAUUCUCAUUUCUCAGAGUUAAUGAAGAGAAAGUCAUCUCAAAGACAGAGCUGUUAUCCAUUUUGAAAACUUAUAACUGCUACCAUGAAGGAAAGAGUUUUCAGCUUCGUCUCCGAGAGGAAGGGGACGAGUUGAUCAUGGAGGGUUUACUCAACAUCUCCUGGGGUCUGAGGAGGCCAAUCAGACUGCAGAUGCAGGAUGACCAUGAGCGCUUUCACUUUGCUAACACAGGAUUAUGGGGUCCAGAGAGCCCAGGGACAGAACAUAGAAAUGAAAACCAAAAGAGUCCCAUUCAGUUGUCAUUUCAGUCCAACAACAAUGAAGUUACUGUACCAGCAAAAAACAAUGUUGAUGGUCUUAGCUCAGAAGAGGAAACUCCUCAACUUCCAAGAACGAGAAGUGAUGCCAGCUUCAUGAACGUCCAAAGACGGUCCAAACAACGAUCCUCAGGAGAUUUACAAAGGGUUAAAAGGCAUCGCUUCUCCAUCAAUGGCCACUUUUACAACCACAAGACAUCAAUCUUCACCCCAGCUUAUGGAUCAGUAACUAAUGUUCGUGUGAGCAGUACAAUGACAACGCUACAAGUGCUCAGUCUGCUAUUGAAUAAAUUUCGGGUCAAAAAUAAAGCAGAUGAAUUUGCCCUUUAUUUUGUCCAUGAAUCGGGAGAAAGGACAAAGAUUAAAGACGAUGGGUAUCCCUUGGUGUCACGUGUGCUAUAUGGACCAUGUGAAAAAAUUGCCAAACUUUUCAUUAUGGAAAAGGAUCUGGGCGAAGAGGUUCCUUAUGAUGUUGCACAGUACAUAAAGUUUGAGAUGCCUGUGUUGAACAGCUUUGUCACCAAACUGAGGGAAGAAGAGGAGAGAGAGAUUUCAAAACUGACACAAAAGUAUGGUGUAUUGAAAUCGAUGAUGCUACAGCAGCUAAAGGAUAUUUCUGAAAGUACAGACUGUGUGUGAGAAGAUAAUUUACUUGAUUUAGUGAGAAGUAUGUACUUGAUUUUGACUGAGAACAUAGUAGAUGCAAUAAGAUUUAUACAUAAGGGUUUGUAAGUACCAAUACCUGAUUUCAUAUAGAAUACUCAGGAGUCACAAAAUGCCAGACGCUACUGUCAAAAUACUUUAUAAAGCACUUAAGUAUUUUUAAAUGCUGUUUUUUUUUUUAGUUAGUGGCCCUUACUGAACGACUUAUCAUGAGUUUACACUGAAUGUAUUUGGUUAUUUGGUUGAACAUAAUAUACUAUUAUUGUUUUUUUAAGAAUAUGUAAUAAAAAAUGAUACAGAUGUUCAGUCUAACUGUAUCUGUGUGGUCUGUGGUCAUUCUAGUGAACAGCUUUAGUGCAGAGAGCAUACAGCAUACUGAAUACCACAUGCUCACUGCUGCUUUUCAGUUAGCCUUGUGACAAUGAUGUUAUUAUAAGGAGUCAUCCAUUCUUCUGAAUAUCCUGGAUUCCUUUUUCAACGCUUGCAUACUCAUGAUAAUGUUGUGUAUACAGUAUGUGGCUUAGUGAUUUAGCAUGUUUGCCUCACCUCAGGGGUUGGGGGUUAUUUUCCUGUCACUGCCUUGUGUAUGAACUCUGUAUGUUCUCCCCAUGCUUUGGGGGUUUACUCUGGAUUCUCUGGUUUCCUCCCCAAGUCCAAAGACAUGCAUUGUAGGCUUAUAUUGGCACCUCUAAAUUCAAUUCAAUUUUAUUUGUAUUUUAUUGUUAAACAAUGGACAUUGUCUCAAAGCAGCUUUACAAAAAUACAUGAUAAAAUUUCAAUUAUAUUUAUCCCUAAUGAUCAAGCCUGAGGAAACAGAGGCAAGGAAAACCUCCCGCAGAUAAUAUGAGAAAGAUGGAAUGAGACAAACCAGAUUUACAAGAGAAACUUUCCUCAUCUGGGUGACAGCAGGUAGUGUGAUAAAUAAAGUCCUUUCACAACUGUAUAUAGUCAUGUAGAGUUGUGUAACCAGGAUCUUUGAAACAAAUUAAAAAUCAGCAUUAUUUCUGAAUGAAUACUAGAUUUAACACUAAUUCCUUCUGAAGCCAUCAAAUGUGUGUGAAUUGUCUGUGGUGUGUGAAUAGGUGUGCUUUUGUGGGUGCAACUGUGUCCUGCAACAGAUUCCCCUUUCCUGUUCCCUGUUUCCUGAGAUAGACUCCCAAGAUAAGUGGUAUGGAUGUAAAAUGAACACACAAAAAAGCAGAUUCAUUUAAACUCGUAUCUGUAUUGUCCGUGUAAAUAUCAGCCAGUUUUUGAAAGUCUGGUUUGCACUGUAACCAAUCAGCAAUGAGCAUGUAAUGAAGAAUUUCUACAAAUAA